UACUCCGCCACCCUAAUUGUGUGCGUCUAUUUCUGCUGCAGCGUUUUCAAUAUUCGUUUUUUACUGUGAAUCUGUGCAUAAUAUCAAAUAAAAGUAUAAAAAAGUCUUGCACAAUGAACACUCUCGGUCCUAAAAAGGACGGAAGUCCCAACAUUGACUUUUUCCAAUCGCCUGAGACGCUGCAAGGUUUUGAGUCUAUACGACUAUGGCUACAAAAGAAUUGUAAAAAGUAUUUGGCGCAUAGCUCAGAACCAAUAACGAAGGAAUCACUCGCACAGCUUUUAAUACUAUUUUUGCAAUAUGUGGAAGCUAAAUUGGGGAAAAACUCGGCAGAACCGCCGGCGACGAGAAUCCCGAUGCGCUGUUUUUUGGAUUUCAAAAAUGGAGGAGGUCUUUGUAUAAUUUUCUCUACCAUGUUUCGUUUUCGUGCCGAGCAACGUGGCAAGAAAUUUGAUUUUUCUAUUGGCAAGAAUCCAACCCGCAAAGACCCCAACAUACAAUUACUGAUCGAGAUCGAGCAAGCUCUAGUGGAGGCAGAUCUCUAUCGCAUACCUUACAUUUAUAUCAGACCAGAGAUUGAGAAGAGUUUUGAGACACGACUACGUGAGAUUCUCGACAAUCGACGGGUAGAAAUCGUCACUGACGAGGAGGAUGCCACACACAUCGUCUAUCCCGUGGUGGAUCCACAUCCUGAUGAAUAUGCUCGACCUAUUUUUAAGCGUGGCAAUCAUGUCAUGCUUCACUGGUACUACUUCCCUGAGUCAUAUGACUCUUGGACGCUGAACAGCUUCGAUUUGCCCGAUAAUAUACCCGAGAAUCCGGAAUCGCCUGCAGAACGUUGGCGAGUGGCUGCCUCGUGGAUUUUGGAUCUGGAGCAGUACAACGAGUGGAUGGCAGAGGAAGAUUACGAGGUUGAUGAAUUGGGCAAAAAAAAGACGCACAAACAGCGUAUGUCCAUCGACGACAUAAUGUCCUUUGGCGAUGAUAAAAAGAAGCCCACCACAAGCAGUGGAACUGGUAAACAAAAACGACGUCGCUCGCCGUCGCCCACCACCUCCACAUCCACAUCGAAGCCGGGCAAGCGAAAGCGCUCCCCAGCUGUCAUACAUAAGAAAUCACGAAAUGACGAGGAUGAUGAGGAUCUUACUCGGGACCUCGAUGAUCCACCGGCGGAGCCUAAUAUCCAGGAAGUGCAUAAGGCAACGCAUUCGGCGCUGCAAUCGACAGCCAGUCCAGCACCCGGUAGCAAAUCACGUGGUGACAACGAUAUGAUGCCCAUUAAAGGUGGCACCAUGACUGAUUUAGAUGAUGAAAUGACCGGCGGUAGUGCUGCGCAAGCGAUGUCCGCUGGCGAUGGCGACAAUUCACAGACGGGCAAAACGAGCGACAACAGCAAUACCCAGGAAUUUUCAUCGUCUGCCAAGGAAGACAUGGAAGACAAUGUGACCGAGCAGACGCAUCACAUAAUUGUGCCCUCAUAUUCCGCCUGGUUUGACUACAACUCGAUUCAUGUCAUUGAGAAACGCGCCAUGCCCGAGUUCUUCAACAGCAAGAACAAAUCCAAGACGCCAGAGAUUUACAUGGCUUAUCGCAAUUUCAUGAUUGACACCUAUAGGUUGAAUCCUACUGAAUACUUAACGAGUACAGCUUGUCGACGUAAUUUGGCAGGCGAUGUGUGCGCCAUAAUGCGCGUGCAUGCAUUUUUGGAGCAGUGGGGUCUGAUUAACUAUCAGAUUGACGCUGAUCUGCGUCCUACGCCAAUGGGCCCGCCUCCCACCUCGCACUUUCACAUACUGUCGGAUACGCCAUCAGGUUUGCAGGCGAUCAAUCCCCAAAAAACACAGCAACCAUCGGCGGCCAAGACACUACUUGAUCUUGAUAAGAAACCGAUGGGCAAGGAAGGUGGCGUGGAUUGCGAUAAAGGCAGUGGCGGCGCCCUGGGCAUUAAGACGGAAACACUGGAGAAUGGUGCAGCCAGCGGUUUAGCUUCUGGGGUUAGUCAGUUUGGUCUGAAGUUGGAUCAAUAUGCCAAAAAACCGGCCGCCAUGAAAAAUCGUACGGCGGCGAACAUGUCGCGAGAGUGGACCGAUCAAGAGACGUUGCUUCUGCUCGAGGGUCUCGAGAUGCACAAGGACGAUUGGAAUAAGGUGUGCGAGCAUGUGGGUACCCGCACACAAGACGAAUGCAUUUUACAUUUCCUGCGUCUGCCCAUCGAGGAUCCGUACCUUGAAGAUGACGGCGGCUUUCUGGGACCGCUUGGCUGUCAGCCAAUUCCAUUUAGCAAGUCAGGCAAUCCAAUUAUGUCGACAGUAGCAUUUUUGGCAUCCGUGGUAGAUCCACGUGUUGCUGCUGCCGCUGCGAAGGCUGCCAUGGAGGAAUUCGCCGCCAUAAAGGAUGAGGUGCCUGCUACUAUAAUGGACAACCAUAUGAAGAACGUGGAAAAGGCCUCUGCAGGUGGCAAAUUCAAUCCCAACUUUGGUCUGGCGAACAGCGGCAUUGCUGGCACAGGCAACGACAAGGACGACGACGAAUCAAAGGAGGGAAACAACAGCAGCUCCACGGCAGGCGGCAACGAUGAGGAAAUAAAGGAUAUUAACAAAAAAGACGCUACAGACGAUGCCAAGUCCAAAGACAAAACGAAAUCGGAUAAGCUCAACACAAACACAGACUCAAGUUCCACAUCAACAACAUCAACAACAACAACAACUACAACUACAACAACAGCUACAGCAACAAGCAACACGACCACCACCAAUAACACAGAUAAAAAGUCUAAAGAUUCGUCACCGUCAUUGGACGCAGCCGACAAAGCCAAUAAAACCGACAAAACGAGCAACGCCUCAAGCAAAACGGCUUCCAACUCCUCACCCACAGAGACUGGCACGAACAACGAUAUUGAGAUCAAAACCGAAGACAACAGUGGAGACGGUGAGACCAAGGAUGGCAGUAACGAUACAAAUAGCGGUGGUCCUUCAUCUAAGGAUGGAGCCUUCAGCGAGAACAAUAUGCAAACGGCAGCUGCCGCAGCAUUGGCAUCGGCAGCUGUCAAAGCAAAGCAUUUGGCAGCGCUGGAAGAACGCAAGAUCAAGUCUCUAGUAGCGUUGCUGGUGGAGACACAAAUGAAGAAGCUGGAAAUCAAAUUGAGGCAUUUCGAGGAGCUGGAGGCCACUAUGGAGCGUGAGCGUGAAGGACUCGAAUACCAGCGACAGCAGCUCAUUACUGAGCGCCAGCAAUUUCAUCUGGAGCAGCUGAAGGCAGCCGAGUUUCGAGCGCGGCAACAGGCGCAUCACCGUCUGCAGCAGGAGCUGCAACAACAGGGACAGGUGGGUGCCGCAGUAGGUGCCAUGGUAAUGCCACCGCAGCAGCAGCAGCAACAACAACAGCAACUACCGCCGCCACAUCAUCCCCAACAACAGCAGGCACAGCAGCAACAUCCACUCCAACCACCGGCGCCCCAGCAGCUGGGAGCGCCUUCGGUGCAGCACCAACCGUUGCCGACGCACAUACCUGUAGCAGCACCAAAUGGUGCACCAUUCACAGCACCGCCAGUUGUGGCACCUGCGGCAGCACCGCCACCAACACCAUCAGGCGAGCUGCCUGCACCUGUGGCUCAAUCUCAGGCGCCCACACCAAUGGAUACUACACCGCCAGCUAAUGCUCCACCUGUUGCCGAGGUCGCCAGCGUGGCAACAGUUGCGCCUAGUUCUGCGCCUGCUCCAAGCAUUCCUGCGGCAAGCGUUCCUGCUGCUAAUCCUCCUCCUCCUUCAUCUUAAAGCUACGUGUAGGCAUGAGAAAACUUUAGUUAUAAGUUGCACGCUCUCAGUAUGUAUUGUAUACUCUACUCCUCCCCCAUAACCCAACCGUCUACUCCUGCUUGCAAUUCCUUUAUUAGUAUAUUUUAAAGACCCGUCGUGGCGCCUGUACAUUUGAUUUGACUAGGCGCCUUUUCAAUAUUUACACAACUUUGAACCGAGUUUCAAAUCCAAAAUUGCAUCAAAAUAAAGUCUAUUCAUAUGUACGAAAUCGUUCAAUAUU